CCCGGGAGCGGGGCCCGGCGCGGCCGGGGCCGCGGGGCGAUGUGAGUCGGGGCGCGGCGGGGCGGGGACGAGGCGGCUCCACCGAGGCCGCACCGCGCCGCGCCGCAGUCUCCGCUCGCUCCCGAGGAAGCCCAGGGCGGCGGGCGGCGGAGCCCCGGGGCUGGGGGCGGGGAUCCAGGGACGACGCGCGGCCCCGACCUCCCACAUUCCUUCCCAGUGUCUGGAAAUUCCCCUGACCACCCUGCCACCUAAACUGGCCUCCCACUCCGCAGCACCGCCCCCACCCCCACCUCCCGGACACACCUUCGCGUGUCCUGGAGCCCUCGGAACCCCCUCACUCCUGCGAAUUCCCCUGCUAGACCCACAGAGCCACCAUUCUCCCUGGAUGUCCCCCAGUGUUUCCACCGCCCUGAAAUUCCUCAGAUCCUUCAUACCCUCAUUCCUUUUGCACCAUGCUCAAAUCCAAAACACUCGCUCACAUUUCCCGCAGCCCGCUCAUAUGUUUUGCGUGCCCACGGCCCCCUCUAACUCCCGCCCCCAGUCCACACCUAUCCCAGACCAGACCCCCUCCUCCCCUCCCACCUCACGAACUGUCAUGAUGUGCCCUGAUAUCUUAAAGAGAAGAGAAGGGGUCAGGAAAAGGUGCAAUGCCCCCCACCCCCCCAGCUUACACCCUGUAGUUCUUGCCUUCACCCCCAGCUCUCUGUUGGUGGCUCAAGCCCAGUGUUUUCCCAGCCGCCUGGCUAUAGGCUGUGACCCCUCCCGCAGUCUGCUUUCUCCUUCCAGAGAAUAAGCCAGGCCGAGAGGGCGGGGGUCCUUUUACCUGGAGAGUUGUCCAAGGAUGCGGAGCACAGGGGCCCUGGGCAAUGACAUUGUUGUUCCAGAGCAGGAGGGUGGCAUGUCAAGGGUCCCGGCUUGUGGACUUGUCUACCUGAGGCCAGAUCCCUGAAAUUUGGUUUAUUGUUAGCAUUUAUGUUAAAAUUUUAGGACUUUCAGAGCUUGGAGAACAGAAAAUCGAUCAAGCUUCCAAAUGUUAGAUUGAAGGAGCCUGUCUUGGGAAAGGAAAAUGUCGAUUUUAAUGAUAUUUGUCCUACAUCCUGCCUCUAGAGGUUAUUUAAGCUAGAAGCUUUACAGAUAUUACACAGUGUACAGAUGUUUCCCUUGAAAACUAAGGCCUUGGUGUGGGAGUUGGAGGUGUUGGGGGGGAUUGACUUGGCAGUGUCUCUCAGAUACUUGCUAGCAACAAAACAGAUUCGAAUGUUGCCUUCCUGAAUCUUAAACUAGCUCUCUUUCCAACACAUUAUAGUGUCGUUUUGAGAAAGCUCUUUGUGGGGUUCCAGUUCUCUGCAAAGGUGAGCCAAGGUGUGUCCCAGAGGAAUCCAGGUGACUUCUCUGCAGCCUGCUUGCCAUGACGCCCCACCAAGAACAGGGGGAAUAAAGUGGAGGUCUUUCCCCAUGCCCCUCCCGUGGUCAGCUCCCCGAUGGCCUGGGUGAGGGCGGGCUGGCUGCUCUGACACCAUGGGGAGCUGCUGCAGCUGCCUGAACAGAGACAGCGUCCCAGACAACCACCCCACCAAGUUCAAGGUGACAAAUGUGGAUGACGAGGGGGUGGAGCUGGGCUCCGGAGUGAUGGAGCUGACGCAGAGCGAGCUGGUGCUGCACCUGCAUCGUCGUGAGGCUGUCCGCUGGCCCUACCUCUGCCUGCGGCGCUAUGGCUACGACUCCAACCUCUUCUCCUUUGAGAGUGGCCGCCGGUGUCAGACGGGCCAGGGGAUAUUUGCAUUCAAGUGCUCCCGGGCCGAGGAAAUCUUCAACCUCCUUCAGGAUCUGAUGCAGUGCAACAGCAUCAAUGUGAUGGAAGAGCCAGUCAUCAUCACUCGCAACAGCCACCCGGCUGAGCUCGACCUCCCUCGGGCCCCCCAGCCGCCCACUGCUCUAGGCUACACUGUCUCCAGCUUCUCCAACGGCUUCCCGGGCUGCCCGGGAGAGGGCCCGCGGUUCUCAGCGCCCCGGCGCCCCUCGACAAGUAGCCUGCGACACCCCUCGCUUGGGGAAGAGUCCACCCAUGCCCUCAUUGCCCCUGACGAACAGUCCCACACCUACGUCAACACGCCGACUGGUGAGGAUGACCACCGCACGAGCCGGCACUGCCUGCAGCCCCUGCCUGAGGGUCGGGCACCCUUCCCUCCUCAGGCCCAGGGCUCCGAUGCACGGGACCCGCAGGUGUUCUUGCAGCCAGGCCAGGUGAAGUUUGUGUUGGGCCCGACCCCUGCUCGGCGGCACAUGAUGAAGUGCCAGGGCCUCUGCCCCAGCCUGCAUGACCACCCCCAGCACCACAACAACAAUGAGGGCUCUUCCGAGUGCCCGGCCCAGCCCAAGUGCACCUAUGAGAACGUCAGCGGGGGGCUGCGGCCAGGGGCCAGCUGGAGACUGAGCCCAGAGGAGCCGGGCUGGACUGGCCUUGCCCACCGCAGGGCCGCCCUGCUGCACUACGAGAACCUGCCCUCCCUGCCCCCUGUGUGGGAGAGCCAAGCCCAGCAGCUGGGGGAGGAGGCCGGGGAUGAUGGGGACUCGAGGGACGGGCUCACACCCUCCUCCAAUGGCUUCCCUGAUGGCGAGGAGGACGAGACCCCCCUGCAGAAGCCCACCAGCACCCGGGCUGCCCUCCGCAGCCACAGCAGCUUCCCUGUGCCACUGACCCGCCGCCGAGGCUCCCCGAGGGUCUUCAACUUUGAUUUCCGCCGCCCAGGCCCUGAGCCCCCAAGGCAGCUCAACUACAUCCAGGUGGAGCUGAAGGGCUGGGGCGGAGACCGUCCCAAGGGGCCCCAGAACCCCUCAGUCCCCCGAGCCCUUGUGCCCACCACCCACCCUGCCCGCAGCUCAGAUUCCUAUGCCGUGAUUGACCUCAAAAAGACCGUGGCCAUGUCCAACCUGCAGAGGGCUCUGCCCCGAGAUGAUGGCACCGCUAGGAAAACCCGGCACAACAGCACCGACCUGCCUCUGUAGGGACUUCCCUCCGCCCCGCCACGGUCCAGCCUCCGCCUCACGUUCCGUCCUCUGAACCCACACUCCCAGGGUUCAAGGUCGCUUCACAGAAGGGCAUUGAGGUGGGACCAGAUGCUUCCCCGUGCUGGUCGGAGUCCCUAAAGAUAUCAGCCACUGAGUGUCCUGGUCUCCAAGUUGGGGAGAGAAGAGGGUGACCAGGCAAGGAGGGAGCCACGAUGGAAACUGUGAAGGGUCCCUGUGAUUGCAUUUAGCAUCCUCCCGUUAUGUCCAUUUGUCUUGUCUGCUGUCUGCGUGUUUUUUUUGGUUGAAAUUUUGGAACAUUUUGUACCUGUUG